AGCGAUUAUUUGGGGCAUUUGGGUGGCUAGGGGCAACAUCAAUGCAUUCUUGAAGUAGGAACUAGAAGAUCAUGUACGUAGGUGGUAGAUCAUAGUGUUUAUGACGUUUUAAUUGUUGUUGAUAGAGAUAGUUGGAGGGCCGUGCUUGUUACUGAAUUAAUUGAAAUAACUACUUUUGAGUCUUAAAGUCAAAUUCUGAACGAUGUACUACUAGUACUAGAUUAUUAGAGCAUCGUUGUUGCGUAGUACCACCUUUGAUUUCUUCUAAUUUCUUGUAUAUACUAAAAAACCAAAAAAAACAUAUCGAAUCUUCAAUUCUGUCCUUGUAAAAGCAGUUGUUGAUGAUAUUAAUCAGAUUGAACAAGUGAAGUCGAUAUUUGUUUUCACUAGAAGUGUAAUCUUCUAAUACUAUGUAGAUACUGGUGUUGUUGUAGUUGUCUUGUAUUCUACUAUUUUUGAUGAUUUGUAGAUACUGUUAUCGUAGUUGUCUUGUAUUCUACUAUUUUUGAUGAAGAAUAUCAAUAUUGUCCUUCCCAGCUGCUCCAUCUCGUGCCUCGUGAUGUUGAGAGCGAGGUGGCGUGAGUACUACUUAUGAAGUUUGUUUGAAAAAGAAAUUAUUUGUUUCCGUUUUAUUUGACGAACACUUACACGGCUGAGUAUACCGCCCAGAAAGUAAGGUAGGAGAAGCAACUAAAGGAGCCACCACCAGACGCAGCGGGACCACGCAACUGCAGGAGAGGGAUCUUGUUGUGUGACGCGUAUGUGUUUUUGACGCCAUUGGCGUGGCGAUGCGAACGAGAUGUCCGAUUUAGAUCUCAGCACUCUGCAGCCUCCAUCAUCGCUGUUGCCUGGAAGUCUGCCUGGUGGAGGUAUUCAUGAUCAUGAAUUUGUUUUAUUCAUUUUCAUGGAUGCAUCGAUUUUUUGUAGUAUCUUCUAUGAUUAGUAUUGUGGCUCGUGGUACUUCACGUCCACCUGUUCCUCUUCAUAAUGAAUCGUUUUUCAGUGCAUCAAUCUGCUGCAGCAACUGAUGUUCUCUCACCCACAUCACCCAGAUACAACAGGAGCGCCUCCUCUGCAGCCCAUGAUGUCGGUGAUGGAUUCCAAAUUGAACACGUCAGCCACCGAGUUCGUCCCCACGUCACACAUGGCUUCCUACAUGCCACAACAGGACCACCUAAUGUACAGCAACGACGUGAACCAACAUCAGAGUAUGAGCCAACAUCACCAAGGUAUGAAUAUGAAUCAUCAGAACAUGCAUAGUAGCACAACGACAAACAACGUUAACAACGGAAUAAACAGCAGUGGAGGAGGAUUCUCGAUGUCAACAUCAGGUAUGAAUAACGGCAUGGGGAUGAUGAACGGUGACCAACAGGGAGGCUAUCAAGCUUAUAACCAGGGAAUGAUGCAGCAACCACAAGCAGGGACGAUGGUAGGCGGAAUGAUGUUCUCAUCGAAUCCUGCUCAAAUGAGUAGCAUGAUGGGUGCUGGCGUGGGCAAUACUAGUGGGACGAGUACAAUGGCAGACAAUAUGGGUGGCGGAGGAGGCUGCGCUGGCCCACCACCCACUAUGUCAAUGCUACCUCCUGGUGCUGGUUCAACGUCAACAAAUCUGAACCUUUCGUCAUCUUUUAACGGCACAACUAUGGGAGGAGGACCUAAUAGUACUAUGGGGGGACCAGGAGGACCUAGUCUCUCAUGCUCUUACGUGGAUAUGCGUGGAAAUACUAGUACCAGUGCAGGAGGUUUGUGCGCAGGAGGUGAGCAAGUAGUAGACAAUUCAGCGGGUUCCUCUUCCUGUACAACAGGAACUAGUACAGCUAUGGGCGGUGGAGUAGGAGUGGUGCCAUCACUUCCAGGCGCAGCUGGAGGACUUUUAUCUUCUGCAACAUCACGCGAAAAUAGCAUCCUAUUUCAACAUACCAACUCCUCAGGGGGACUGAACAAUAGUAUUCUCAGUGGUGGGCCGCCGAACCUGCUAGUCGGCAACAUGAUGAUGAACUCGGAAGAACAAGGCAGUCACAUCGACGCCAGUAACAAUGCGAGCAUCAAUGCUAGUUAUGGUUUUGGUUUGCGUUGAUGUUUUUUUCCUUCUCUGUACGUACAACUAGUUAUUGAAUUUAGUCUUGAAUCUUGUCCUUCGUCUUGCUGUCAGUAGAUGGAGCGUUCUCGAAAUAAAACAAAUUUUACUCUGAUUAUAGUUACAUAGUAUGCUAUGUAGACUCAUCUGUUCUCUAACCUUCCAUCGACGAAAUCGAUCGCCUCAGCAGUAUCGACGUGCUGAGCAGUUGCCUGGCUAGCACGAGUAGUGCCGCUGCCGUUGCCGCCGAUCCAGCCAUUUUGUCGAUGGGUUCCGCUAUAGCCUGUGCGCCUGGCGCUUCUGACGCAACGACUUCAGCAGAAACACAGUCCUCGCAAAAAGAAGAGCCAUUUUCGGACUGCGAACCCAAGCAGGAUGGUGCAACGAAUACUAACAGUAGCAGUUCAGGAGCCUCUACAGGUGUUGGCGCGGCUUGUGCUCCGCCUCCUGGCGGACAAACAUCAACUUCUGGAGAUGCAACAGGAGUAGCACAUCAACCUGGCACCAAUGCGACUAACAAUCUAUUACAACUACCCUCGACGACGACCCCUACCUCAGCGACAACAACGACAGGAAAUGUUGUAGAUAACCUACCUCCAAACAACUGUGCGACAUCAUCUACAGGCACCUUGACGACAACGGGCUUGCCACCGUGUCCUCCGCCUGCCGUGGGCGAGGCUUCAACGGCAUCCUCAAGUAGUUUGAACUUCAUGCCGCCGGUGCAGCUACCUCUAGCAGGUCCCAACGGUGGCUCGUCUCAGCCGAAUUUCGGUUCGAUGAUGAUGAACAACAACAACCCUAAUAUGAACACUAGUGGAGCAGGGGGCAAUGGCAAUAAUAAUAAUUUAGUCACGCCUGGUGUUGGUACGAUCACCGCUAGUAGCAUCAGCAACAUGUCCUCCGGUCUGAACAAUAACAACAUAAUGGGAUGGGACCAAUCUCAGCAAAUGAUGGACAUGAGUGGAAUAGGAACAAUGACCGGAGGAACUAUGAUGAACAACAACAUGACUAGCGGAGGACCUGGCGGAAUAAUCGGAAAUCAUAGUUCAACUUCAACAGGAGGGGCUACUUCUAUGGGUACUAAUAUGCAGCAGCAUCAAUCCUCAAUGAUGAACAGCAGUGGUCUUGGUCAAAACAUCAGUGGUGGAAAUGAUCUUGUUGCCUCCGGAGCAGGUGGUCCUUCUUCUCUUCCGUCAACAACUGGUCAUCUAGAUACAACUGGUAAUUUUAAUAGCGGUUGUUCUUUAGGUGGCAUGAACAGCUUUGGCACCGCGAAUAGCACGGGUACUAUGUUCAACAUGAUGAACAAUGGAGGAGGACAACCGAAUGGACCUCCGCACAUCAGCGGCCACCUCCCCGGAGCGCCUCCUUCUAUUAAGGCUCAACUUUCAUUGGUCAUUGAGGUUAGUCACUGAGAUCGAAGAGGCGACCCUCCCUUGAGAGUAAGUAGAACAGGGGAAAAUGAAGGAAAAGCAAAGGGAGAGGCAUCAUUGACCAUUGUUCUUUCAGCAUCAGUGACCAUUGAAUGCUGAGCUUUAAUUCUAGCCACAAUUCCUUUGCAGCUGCAACGUCCAGCACCACGACCACAUCUAACGGCUGCAACGGGGGUUUGUUGAAUAUGGAUGCCGCUCCGUGGGGACCUUCAACAUCGAGUGUGGGAAGCAUGGGUACUAUGGGAGGAAUGGGCACCAUGGCAGGAACAAUAGACCCUGGAGGUGGCGGAGCGAACUCUUUUGGUGGAAAUAGUAGUUGCGGAACCUUCGGAGGGAACUCACUCAUGGGUCAGAGUAACAACAUGAUGAACAACAUGAUCAUGAUGGGUGGGGGAUCAAGUGCAGGGACCAUGAUGAAUAUGAACAGCAGCGGCAACAUGGGCAUGAUGGGAACAAAUAGCUCUUCCUCCGGCAACAACCUGAUGAGCAUGGGUGGUAGCAGCGGUCCUCUUGGCUCUUCAAAUAGCUCUUCCGGCAACAUGAUGGGCUUGCAAAUGAGCAGCUACCCUCCAAACAUGCAAAUGAAUAGCUUGAAUCCCUCUGGUAAUCCAGCUGGAGGCUCUAGUGGCAACAUGAUGAUGGAUACCAGUACCCUAGGCGGCGGAGAUAUGGGAGCAGGUGGUUCCUUCUCGUUGAACCUUUCGUCAAGCGGCUUCGGUUCUAGUGGGCAAAUGAUCAUGGGAAUGAACGAUGCUGUCACAUCAGGAGGUGCUAUGCCAAGUGGUUCGCCCAACAUGCUUCCCUGCCAGCAGCAGACCAUGUUCAACAAUAGCCAACAACUAGUGUCAUCUAACUCCGGAGCAGCACCGGGAUCCUCUACUGGUGCAGGAGCUUCCUGUUCUUCUUCCUUUGGAGGCAUGAACAACAGCGGAUCAGCAUCCACGAAUACUGUCUCUUCUAGUUUCAACCCUAGUGGUCCCAUGUCGUCGACUUCUUUCCCGCCACCAACCAGCAUGUCAACUUCAUCGUCAACCAUGAAUGCCUCAGCGGGAAGCUUCAACCCUGGUAACUCCUUCAAUCAGAUGAACAGCUUUUCUUCUAGUGGUAAUUUUGGGGGAGGUUCUACGUCUAGUGUUAAGGUCAACAUUUAGUGUCCAUCUUUCUCGGCAUCUUGGUACCUUUUUCCCUUGUAUUCUCAUGAAAUACAAGGGAAAUGGCGCCAAGAUGAGGAGGCCGAGAUGCACCAUUCUAGCACACUCUAAUAGUGGAGGUAACAACUAUGGAGGAAACUAUGGGGGACCACCGUCCUGUGGAAGUGGAAUGAUGGGGAGCACUGGCACUAUGAGUGGAAUGAGCGGUAUGGGAUCCGGAAUGAACAUGAUGAACUCUUGUCCGCCCACGACCUCUGGUACUAUGCUGGGAAUGGGCAGCAGCAGCAUGAUGACGGCAGGAGGGUCUAUGGGAGGUCCUUCUUCGAUGAACAUCGGAGCAGGGUCGUAUGGGAACAACAAUAUGCUUGGAGGAGGGAUGAACAUGAACAUGAACAACAACUGUAAUCUUCAAGGUGGCAUCAACAUGAUGUCUGGAGGCGGUUCAUCCAUGAACAACAUGAACAUGGGAGCAGCGUCAGUUACUAGCUGUCCCAAUAUGAAUCCCUGCCCAGGAGCAUCAGGUCCACCCUCUUCGACGAUGAACCAUAACAUGUUGUUUCCACCACCUAGUGCUACACUGCCGCCACGUGGUAGCGGAUUUUCCUUCAACAUGAAUGGGGGACCAUCUUCCCAGAUGCAUCGUGGACCGGGUAACAAAGGCCGUGGCCCUCUCUCUCACCGAAGUGGAGGCCCAACUAAUUACGGCAGCAUGAACCCGCCAAAGCGACCCUCACCCUUCAAUGCGGAGCGAGAAAUUAAGGCUUCCCCUAAUCCAUCCCUGUAGACAUCCCUCAAACAUGAUUACAUACGCGCCCCACCACAAGGGAGAUACCGACGCAUAAGUAUGCUUGAGGGAUUUCCACAGGGAUGAAUAGGGGAGCGCUCUAAAGAAGGAAUCGAAGAUCUAGAACGUCUGAUCGACCAGUCAAGUUGUGAGGAUCCAGAAGAACAGGCGGAACACAACGCUAGCCAGGACGUAAUCCUAGAACAUGGUAGUAGACCGCCAGCGUCGACGACGGUCAACCUAACUGGUUUGCCUAUGAACGAUCACUCUUCAAUUGGCGGUCCAGGUCUAGGUAUGGGAGGGCUGUUGCCAUCUUCAAGUGCUACUGGUGCAUCUUCUUCGACGAUGCUUCCAGGUGCGACUUCAACAACAGGCGUUGACUCAACUUCUUCUUCUGCUGCCGAUAACAAGACUCCAGGUGAGCUUUCCCCCUCUCAAUUCCUGCGUGUCCUUGAAGGGAUGAAACAAGAGUCGUUUGGCGCAGAAGCUUACGUAAUGGAGAAAGCAAUCUCAAAAGUUCGAGAACACCUCGCUUCUCUGAACUCUGCUACUCAGCCCUCAUCUUCGACGAGUACCUCUUUGUCGGGCUCGGGUACUAACGCGAGUGCAACUAGUUCUACGACUGAGGUCAAGAGUAGUACAAUUAGUGCGGAGGAGGUACAAGUAUCAUCUUCAGUAUUAGCAGCUGGUGCAGCACCAACUUCUUCUGGUGAGGCUACGGCAUCAUCUCCUUCUCUAGAGACCGCUACUAAACAAGCGGAAGCGACAUCAACGACAACCACAACGACAACCGCGACAACGACUUCGUCGACUAGCAAAAUUCCACCUACAUCAUCCGGAACUACAACUAGUAGCUCGAGCAGUAGUGCAUUAGGUGCUCCUGCUGCGACGUCAUCAACGGCAGCGACAUCAUCAACGACAGCUGCGCCGUGGGCAAAAGGAUUAGGAUCUAAGCACAGCACCACCAAGACCUUAGUAGAGCAACAGAAAGCAUUGGCUCCGACUGAGGUUUUGUUGGAUUUGAUAGCAGCAGAUCUAGAGGACACCUCUGCAGACCUCUGGAAUCGUGUCCUAUGCUGUUUGACGACGUCUCAGUACAACAACAAUACUUGUUCUAGCACAGGAGCUUCUUCUUCUAGUAGUAACUUCAACAGUCAAGCUUCAUCUUCUAGUAGUAACUUCAACAGUCAAGCUUCAUCUUCUAGUAGCAACUUCAACAAUCAAGCUUCAUCUUCUAGUAGUAACUUCAACAAUGUUAAGGCUGCCCCUAAUCCAUCUCUUUAGACAUCCCUCAAGCAUAUGUACCCCAAUACAAGGGAGAUACUGACGCGGCCUAUGCUUGAGGGAUUUCCACAGGGAUGAAAAUGGGAGAGGUCUAACAAUGCUGGAGGUAAGUCUUCAUCUUCAACAGGAGGAGCGGCUACAGGAUCUGCUUACCAAAAUAAGGGAUCUUCAAACGUGAUGAGCUCCUAUAAUAAUACCAAUGUUGCUAACUACUCCUAUAGUAGCAUGGCUAGUGGCGUACUACCACCUGGCGGGGCGUCGAAGAAUAGACAAUUUCCGCCGAAUUACACCCUCGGCGGAUCCUCUGGAUCGUCUGCCGGCAAGUCAGGACCCAUGCUGAAGGGCAAAAAGAUGGGAACGAAACUGCUGACAGGAAGUAAAAUCUACAAUAGCUUUAGUUCUUCGAACAGUGCUUCAGGUUCUGCUGCUAGCGGUAUGGGUGUUGGAGCUGGUCAACAUGUGGUGAACAACUCGAACUCCAGCAAUAGCAACAUGAACUACAUGAUGAAUGGAGCAGGAGGUAGCAGUAGCGCGGCUAGCAGUAGUAGUCACCUCCACGGUCAGUCGCAGAUGAACACGUUUUCAGCUUUUAAUGGCGACAACUAUGGAACCAAAAACGUAGGAGGUUCUUACAACUCAUCAUCUUACAAAGGUGCUAGUUGUAGUGGGUCCUUAGCUUCGAUGCAGCCAUCCUCAGCUAGUAGUGCUGCUAACGACGAUGGCCUUCCUGGAGCCAGUCAACAUCAGCAGCAACAAGGUGGGACACUGAGCACUGGAGGUGCUGGUCUGAAUCCUUC